AUGAGAGGAUCGGGGAAGCCGAAAGGUGCGGCAGCGAUGGGGAAGCAGAAGCACUUGGGGAUCCGACGUGAUUCCUUCACGGAAUCUGACAACCCUGUGGCGCGGGACGGGGCACGCCGACUAACAACAGGAGUUCAUUUCGCAUCGCCGAGACGGGAGCGAAUCGACGAAGCGACGCGACUCCCGCGGUUCCCUCGCGCCGAGCCCUCCCUCUCGCCCUCCUUCCCGUUCCUUCGCUCGUCCCGGGAAGACGCGAGCGCUGACAUUCAUUGCACGUCCGUCGCUUUUCACGCCCCAAGUGAGGAUCGUACCGCGGGUCGGAUCGUCGAGGAGGUCGGCAUGUCGUCAGCGAAGAAUUACAGCGACAAGAUCGCGAUGCACUUCCAGCGGCAAGCCGAGCAGACGGCCGUCGUCGACGCCCUCCUGAGGGAUGUCCGGGAGCUGACCGGCAGAAAACGUCGGAAGAUGGAGAACGGCACCAGGGCCGAUUCCAAAUCGAUUGGCGUCAGUCCCGAUGGAUCUCCCCUCGCCGUUUCUCCUGCUCAGAUGCUCCAAAAUCAGAGUCAUUUCAAUUCCGACGAUUCUUUGGAGGCAAUGCAAUGGAAACUGGAACGUACUCUCUUCGGCAGCGGCCUUCAGCCGGAGCGGAUGAAGAGCGAGACGGGAGGAGGAGGGAGCGCGAAGACGACCAAGGCGGAAACGGAGGUCGAGUCGCUCCACCGCUCCGGGGCCGUCGAGCGAUCGACCAGGGCCGACGACGCGGGACGCUGGGAUCCCGGCUUCUCCGAGUCUCACGACGCCGCAGCACAGGACCUUGGGCCCACGUUGGCUGCGAGUGAGGGGCCGUUGGCCCACAUUGCAGUGGGCUGCCCGCGUCGGCCCCACAUCUGUGCAAGGGCGACAGCCAACACUUCUGCAUCUGGCUUACAUCUGGCUUCCCUGGCAUCCCCAUCUGGGGAUGCAGAUUCG